CCCAUCUCCCAACAUGGCGGUGAGUCUCAGAUGUGGAAGCUUUUGCGCCGGGGAAUUUAAUCUGUCGCCAUCAAUUUCAUAGGACAAAUCUGACAAAGAGAACCCUAUGCGUGAGCUGCGGAUUCGUAAGCUCUGCUUGAAUAUCUGUGUUGGUGAGAGUGGUGACAGACUGACCCGGGCAGCCAAGGUGCUGGAGCAGCUCACCGGGCAGACUCCUGUCUUCUCUAAAGCCCGUUACACAGUGAGGUCUUUUGGCAUAAGAAGAAAUGAGAAAAUUGCCGUACAUUGUACAGUACGUGGAGCCAAAGCAGAAGAGAUCCUGGAAAAGGGCUUGAAGGUCAGGGAAUAUGAAUUGAGAAAAAACAACUUUUCUGACACAGGGAACUUCGGUUUUGGUAUCCAGGAACACAUUGACUUGGGGAUUAAAUAUGACCCAAGCAUUGGUAUCUAUGGAUUGGACUUCUAUGUGGUUCUUGGCCGACCAGGAUUUAGCAUUGCCGACAAAAAACGCAAGAGAGGCACAAUUGGAGCAAAGCACCGUAUUGGAAAAGAGGAGGCAAUGCGCUGGUUCCAGCAAAAGUACGAUGGCAUAAUUCUCCCUGGCAAGUGAGCUGGUUCAGUCUCAGAAAAAAAUCAAUAAAACUUUUCUGAUAAAAUUCA